AUGUCGGCUACCAUCUCGGCCCCGACUCCCACCGUCGGCCUCCUCGCGUCCAAGUGGGCAGUCAAGCCCUCGGAGCGCUCGACGCGCAAAACCACCACCUCAUCUGGGCUGCUCAACUCCAAAUGGGCCCCCGAAUCAACCACCAAUGCUCAGCCAAACAGCGCUUUGAGCGAAACAACCGGCAACGAGCUCCAAACCAAGCCAACACAAGCUGAGACUCAAGCGGCAACCUCCACACCAACUCAAACCGAUUCAACUCACGCCGAACCCGAAUUGGUAAUAAUCUCCGGACCAAAGCCCACCUCAGCAACCGAGCCGGUGAAGACCUCUGAACCUGAGGAUGCUGUUCGCGAACCCUUUGCCGAACUGCUUCCAACGACCACCGUCCAGCCUUACCAGAAAAAGAGCUGGGCCGACCUCGUCGAUGAGGACGACGACGACAUUUUCAACAUACCCGAGAUCAGCAAGGAGAACUUCCCCUCGGCACCUACCACCAACAAUAAGCCAAUCGUCAACGCAUCAAAUGACGACAAGGAGAACAUCCAACUUCAAUCGAAGGAUGAAAACGAGGACCACCAACCUCAAUGGAACAACAACAAGGAGAACCUUCCCUCUCAGCCGAAUAACAACAAGGAGAACCUCAUCUCCCAUCCGAAGGAUACCAAUGAGAACCUUUCUCAAGUCGAUACUACCUCCGCCAACAAAGACUCGACCGACAAGAAAACCAUUGAGCAGCCGAACGAAGACAAAAAGGCCCCGGCUACCAUGUUCUCCUCCCGCUGGGCUGACUCCAGCUAUGAAAUCAAAGGCGCACAGACACGUGCCGAAUACCGCGCAACCCACGGGUCCAACAACAAGGCGCGACGAACUACCAAAACUACCUCUUCCUCUAGAAGGAGACGCAGCGGCUGCUGA